ACUUUGGUCGGAACCUAUUCAGACCAGAUAUUGUUUCCGGGGGGAGCAUGUUCUGCGCGGACUGCUUCCUGUGUGUGGGUCCCACGUGUUUUGCUGCUCCUGACAGUGGGCAGAGUGCAGGCAGCCGAUCAUGGGGAAGAAGGGAAAGAAGAGGAAGAGCUCGGGAGCCGAGGAGGGGACGCCGGGGCCCGAGGCCAAGAAGUCGAAGUCUCCGGAGGUGGAGUUCACGGGGACCCUCCUGAAAUCCUUACUGAGGGACCCCCAGAGUGCCUUGACAGGUUUGCAAAAAUUUCUAAAUUUAUCAAGAAAAUUGCCAAAUCCUGCUCUGUACGAUGUGGUGGAGGGCUAUAUUAAAAUAUCUGUGGAGUGCAUAGAAAUCCUAAAACUUCUGGAUGGCGAGAAACGUCCUGAAAGUGAGAUGAUGAUAAUUUUCCAAGCCCUGGAAGCCAUUCUGCUGCGGACAGCUGGUGACUUGGCUCAUCUGGGUGUCGCUGGGGUCAACAUAGUGAAGAAUUUGUUAAAUUCACACAUGAAGUUGGUCUAUGCAUCUGUCUACUCAACAACCCACAGGAUGUCCCGCAUUGGCCUCAAUCUGCUGUCUGCAAUGGUCACACAAGGCCCGGACUGUGCCAGGGACGUCUUCAGCCAUUUUGAUUUUACUAACAAGUUUUUACCGGGAUUAUUAAAAAAGAGAGAUAAACAGGGUAGACCAGACGUCCGAAUGGCUUAUAUCCAGUUUGCACUCUCCUUCUUGAUUUCUGGAGAUAACAAUACAAUUGUUCAGGUUCUGGAGCUUAAAGAUUUUCUUGGAGAGAUCUUCAACACUGGAAUAAAGGAAGACAGAAUAUCCACCAUAAACCUUCUGCUUUCUCUGCUGCAAACCAAGAUUAUCCACAAUAAAGCAAUCACGAAGACUCAGAAAGUGCGCUUUUUUACUCCCGUCAUUCUGCAUCACAUUGCCUCCCUUUACCGCUGGAACGGCAUUGUGGAUGUGAGCACAAAGGAUGUCAAGGAAUCAAGAGAUCCAAAAGAAGCCGGAAAACACAUGAUAAGAGAGCUGGUGCACAACUUCCUCAUGGAUCUCUGCUGCUCCUUGAAGCACGGUAUUAACUUCUACGACCCCAGUCUUGGGACAGCUGCAAGGGCGGGUAACCUGGUCCUCCUUCGCUUUCUUGUUGGGCUGAAAACGGCCACUGAGGAUGAAUUGGUGGGCACGCUGGUGGUGAAUGUUCUGAAGGUCUGCCCGGACUUGCUAAGUCGAUAUUUUAAGGAGAUUCAGUAUUCCUUCAUUCCUCGAAUCAAGUCAACAUGGCUGGAUAAUGUGAAGCUACUUAAAAAGAUAUAUGAGGCCCAACCUCCGGUAUCUGUGGCUUUCAACACCGCAGAGUUUGUCCCGCUGCCGCGUCUGAUCAGUAUGGUGAUGAUAACUACGGUGGCGCCUGCGUGCAACAAGAACAUGUUCACCCAAGGGUUAAAUGUGCCAAAUAAAAUCGUGAAACAUGCCAUCCUGUCGCUCAUGUCCUCCGUCCUGAAGAGAGCAGAGCAGAACAUCAAUCACUGCCGGAAAGAAGACGUCUGGCAGAAGUCUGACAUCUACACUCCGGUGACCAUGGCUGAUUUUGCCCAAAAAUAUAGUGAAGCUCUAGGCAAGCUCUUGCCAGAUGUUAACACCAUAGUAGCCACCUGGCAGUCACUCCAAAAACCGGAAGAGGCGGACGGCGUGGAAAAGGCGGAAGACCUGAAAGCUCUGGAGGAAAAACAUGUGACCUCAGCAUCUGAGGAAUUCCCAGGACUGGCGAAACAGAACAGUGACGAUUUUCAGAGCACCCUGGUGAAGGCCUCUCUGCUGCAGGUCCUGUGCUUGUACCAGAGGGUGGUGCCCCAUCUAGUGGCUCAGAGUAAUUUUGAUUUCAGUAAACUACUUAGAGGGAUCGUGGAUGAGAAGGGUAUCCGUACAGAAGUGCCUCCGGUUCUCCAACAUCUGAUCCUUCAGGUGGCUCUAGAGCUUCCGGCCAGCAAGUUUUAUUGGUUUAAGGAUGUGGCAGAUGUUGGAGGGGAAAAGUCUGUGUUUUACCUGCUCCUGAAAAUGUUUGUGACUUGUAACAAAGCGCAGCUCAAGUCAUCCACCAGACUGUUGGUUAUUAAGAUCCUACGUGACAGUGGGGUGUUUGAUCAUACCUGGACUGAGCUGGAAAUGUGGCUAAGGAGACUGGAUAAGGUGCCGGAGAGCUCACAGGAGGUGGUCAUCUCCUUUUUAGAACAAGCUUUAGUCAAGGUGAUCUCUAACCCUUACCCAUUCACUGAUAAAGUGGCUGAAUAUGUACAAGAAGCCAGCAUGCUGCAGGUGAACUCGGGGAAGCAGGACUCGGACAGCGUCAGCAUUCCCAUCUCACACAUCGACGAUGUAAUGGAUAUGGUGGACGUCAUUGUUGAGAGCAGUGAAGGGCUGGAUGAAGAAGUUGGCUUUGCUCUGGAUGAAGAAAUGAUCCUCCAGACUUUCCCCUUCAGUGCUAUGGUCGCCGUGGCCCUGGAAGCCAGAAAUAAGCUGCUGACAUCCGAGGAGACCGUAGAUGCUGAUCCCAUCAUACAAUACCUGACCUCCAUACUGACUGACGUACUGCACGCCCAGCGGGACCCUCUGGCCCUUUGCGUAGCUUUCCAUUCCUACGAUGAAGAGUUACAGUCUUUGGAUACAAGCUCCUCGGUUUACAUUGAUCUUCAGAACUUUUACAACUAUUACAGCUUGUGGUUUCCUCCAUCUGCUAGAAAGUCUCUAUUCACAGAGCAGGGGGAUGACAAAAUGGAAGAGUCGCGGCAGGAUGAGGACUCCUCAUAUCAUAUUCUAUUGAAGAAGGUGUUUGUGAGUAGCAAAACAGGUGAAGACUAUGAGGAGGACCUGAAGAACUCCAUAUCACGGAUUCCCCAAGAUGAGUUUCCACUGACAGUAAAGCAUACCCUGCUGUGUCUAAAGACUACUGUGGACAACUUCAGCAAGCAUAAGAAAGCCACUGGAGCUAGUCUGGUGAGCCUCUUCUUGGAUCUACUAAAUUGCCUCCUAUGCAAGUACCAGACACAAUAUCAAACUCAAGAAAAACAAAAGACAGAAUCUGAUCUAUUUGUGGAAAGUGAUACAAACCUGCUGGAAUCUUCAGAAAAUACGAUCUUGGACAUCAUGCUUUCUGUUAUCUUCAGACAUCCUCUUUUGGAAAGCUGGUUCUUGGCCUUUGAGCGCCAGUCGGCCCCUAUGCACAACCUGAACCCUGUCUCCAUUAAAUUGCUUUCCUCUCACCUUAACCAGGGUGUUAUUGAGUUACUGAAAUCCAGCGCUCCUCUGCUACAGCAAACCAACAAUCUUCAUCUACUGACCAAAUAUUUUGAUGCCAUUUCUAUUAGUGUCCUAAAAGUCCUUGAAGUGCUGAAAAAGCCUUCCGCUAAGACUCCACUUUCUCUAGAAGCCUUGCAGUGCUUACACCCGUACAUGGAGACCAUUCAGCUGAAUGAACUGACUCUAGCCCUCUUGAAGCUUCCUGAAGAAUGUCUUCUUAAGGAGGACGAUGAUUCGUCGGAUCAGGUCUUAACCAACUAUGGUAACAUUUUGGUGCAGCUUCUCAACGAUAGUCACCAAAGGAAGCAAUGUCAAGAGGAUCUGACCUUCUCGGUGGAGCACGCCAGGGGAGUUGGCCAUCUUUUGUCCACAUCGGCUGGGUCUGACCUAGAGAUUGUCCUCAUCGAUGCUCUGAAGAGGGAACCUGCCUUGGCACAUGUGGUGCAGGUUCCCACUCUUACACACUGUCUCAGUAAGAUGAAUAAAACCUCACUGGCUAUUGCCAGUCUCUUGGUUGAGCACAGCAGAACCCACAGGCUGCAGUUUGAGCUUUGGUGUCUCCAUCCGGGAAGACAGAAGAUCCUGAAAAAGAAAAUGGAGACUUGUUUGACAUUGCUCAGUACCUACUUGAUGACCAUGGGCCAUUUGCAGUUUACACAGCUCAGUAAAGUGUCGUCUGCUGUUCUUCGCGUACUGAAGGAAGCCUUCUGGGACAAGCUGGUGAAGGUGGCACUAAGUACAGAGAUCUGUGAGCUGACCUCAGAACGCAUUGCGGUGCUUUCAAGACUAGUCACCGUGGUUGAACAGAGUGAACUCAACAAAGUGAUAGAUGAGCUCCCCGAGGUCCUGGCGCUACCAUCUUCUUAUGAAAAAUGGGCUCUAGCUGACUGUGUAUCACAAACUGCAGACUUUACUGGGGUGAAGGGCUGUUCUUGGCACAGGGCUCUCCUGGCAGCAUGUAUGAAGUGUCUGACUACCACAUAUGGCACCAAUAAAGAACUGGAGGAAGUGGCAUCGGAAGAGGAGAUGGCUUUGCUCUCUCGUCUUAAGAAUCUCAUGCCUCUAGUGAAGGAGGACGUCCCAACUGAAUGGAACAGCCUAGUAAAAAGUGGACUAAAAUAUCGUUACAAGGAUCCUGCGUUUCUUGAUGCUUUGCGUGCAGGAAUCGAUCACUGGUAUACACCGGACGGUCCCUGUACCAAGGAUUUAGUGCAGCUACCAGUCCUCCAUAUGAUGGUGACACAACAUUCGCUGUUUCUGCCCAGUUUCCUGCGCUCCAGAGACGAGGAGGGCUCCUGCAACGUCCUCCGAGAAAACUUGGCCGAACUAUUGAGAAGCAUCGUCACCAGGUGCACGACUGUUUGCGACAGAAACCAUUUUGCUGCCAUGCUUGGAGCCUAUGGAGCCACCCUCAGUGUGACAGACCAGAAAAUCCUGUUCCUGCUGCAGGCCUAUGAGCAGAACAAUGUGAGCCUCACCGACUUCAGGUUGCUUUUAUGGGGCCCAGCCGCUGUGGAGCAUCACAAGACCCGGAAGAGCCUGGGAAAAUCUCUAUGGCAGCAGCCGAGCAUGGAGGAAAUCCUCACCUUGUUGGACAGAGAAAAGAUGAUGAAAACUGUUCUAAACUUCCCACUGCAUCGGAAGCUGACAGCUGAGCCUGGAAUGUUCAUCUUGUAUGGAGAUCGGGCCAUAGAAGACCUACACAGUAUCUAUGAUCCUUGCUUCUUAAUGCCACUUUUUUGUGAACUGCUCAGACCAGAGCUGGUGGUGGACUGUGUGAAGUUUGCAGAGAUGAAUGCCCUGGGGCUGACGUUGGCUGCACUCAGUAGUUACGAUUACAGCAUGAGAGCUGCCGCUUAUCACAACCUGGGCUCCUUUGUGUCUCACUUGGAAGGGGCCCGAUUCAGAGAUAAGAAGCAGCUGCAGUGCCUACUAGAUGUGAUCAAGAAUGGAAUCCGCCAGGAGAAUGUCCGGCUGCCGUUUGCAUUGAGUCUGUAUGGUGCCAGAGCUGCCCAGGUUCUUCUCAAACCAGAGGAACAUAUGUACAUCCGGACCACCAGGUUCCUGUUAUCUCAUGAAUAUUUGGACCUGAAGAAAGUUCCAGAUUUCUACAGACUGUUCUUCAGUUCUGACGUAGAGCAUAAGGUGGAGCGUGAAUGGAUUUUGUCACUAUUAAGCGACGGAAUGAGGGACAAGUAUUGCUACGAGCUGUACGAUUACCAGAGGCUUUUUAUGGUCAUCAUGUGUUACUACAACAGUCCCCUGUGUGAUGAGACCUCUCAGACUCUUGUCAUGGAUGUGUUUCUAAAAGCUUCUAAAAUCCCCAAAGCGGCUUACGAGGUGAUUAGAGAUCACAGCCUUCUAACCUGGAUACAGAAUAUACUGGGAAAGUGGUAUGUGGAAAAUAAAACCCUGGGCGCCGUGAUAACCUUACUUCACAAUUUGUGGUUUACGAAUCUCGGAGUGAAAGGGAAGGCCAAGUCUAAAGAAGCGCAAGAAAAGUUUCUUCCUCUCCACUUGGUGAACGAGUGUCUUUCUGUGUUAAUGAUCCUUCUCAGACACAUUCGGACAAACUUAGAUGGCGUCCACAUUAAUCAGUACUUCGGCACGUUGAGCUCCGUUCUGAGUUACCGCAGAAGACUCCUGGAUGCCUUUGAAGAAAUGGGGCGCUUUGUCAUAAACCGCCAAAUCUUCUCCUGCAGUAAAGCGCUGCUACUGCUGCAAAAGUGGAGCGUUAUUGAGAAGGACCUUGAGCUACAGGAGAGACUGAACGGUCUGGCCAAGGAAUACCGAAUCAAGGAACUUAAAAGUUCUAUUAAAGAGAAGUUCAGACAGCCGGGCCCUCGGCAUUUAAAGAAGAAACUUGGAGCUGAACUGAAGACAGAUGUGCAAGAGGUCCCAAAUCUUGAAGAAUCCAAAAACCACAUGAAAUCCAUAUUGAGGCAUUGGAGUCCUACUUUUUUGAACUCCUCAUCUUCGGCCGCUGCAAAAGAAAAGGAAGAAAGUACAGAUGAGAAGGAAGAGGGAACGACCACAGAGGAUAGUGCGGCCAACGAUGAGGACACCACCAAUAAUGACCUAGUAUGUGCCACCGCCUGCCUGGUGACCAGGUGGAUAAUGGCGGUGGAGGGUGAGCGUGCAGGAAGCGUUCAGGAUCUAUGUGCUUCUCUAAACUGGUUAAUGACAUUUAUCUUACCACAUAACCAAAUAGUAGAAGAACUGCUGAAGGACCGUGUGCUGAGGAGCAUGCUAUAUAAACUCUUCUACAGGGUCUGGGAUAGUUGUGAGUCCACACAAGAAUUUUGGGAUUUGUCUAAUCAAGUUAUGAUGAACCUAAUGGAGAGUCGGAAUAUCAGUGAGGACAUUUCCCUUAAUGCUGUGAAGGAACUCUGCCUCCAGCCUGGUGACAAUGCAGACGAGAUGCAGAAAGCUGCCAGCAGUUUCAUGGCGUCCCUCUACAUUGGGGAUAUCUGGCUCAGCCCUGACUCCCCCGUUACCUUUCAGAGUCACGUAAAGCUGGUAUGUGAAGCAGCGGACCUGGAUGUGUUACACACUAAAGAAAAGACUCCUUCACGGAGAAAGAAGAGUGAGGAGCAAGUGGCCAUUGUGUCUUUGUGUAGAAAGCUCUGUACUGUGCUGCCCAGCACCUGAAAUGGUAGACAGCAGUGUUUCCCAACCAGGGUGCCUCCAGCUGUUGCAAAACUACAACUCCCAGCAUGCCCAGACAGCCGAAGGCUGUCUGGGCAUGUUGGGAGUUGUAGUUUUGCAACAGCUGGAGGCACCCUGGUAUGGAAACAGCAUGUAGAUUUUUGCAGCCUUUAUAAAGUUUAUUCUGAGCCGGAGGUGGAGAACAUACAGCAGACAUUCUGCACAGCCUCCGUGUGCUCUGGGUAAAGCUUCAAAUAUUUUGUACACUUGAAUUUUGUAUUUUCAUAAGUGCCUUUUUUUUUUUUUCUUUCUAAAUAAAUGAAUCUGACCUGGAAAUCGUCCCCGGGACCUUGUAAACACUGACGUCUCCCUGGAUUGACCCUUUUGUACAGUAGUUACCAGCUGUAUGAAAAUGUGGUUUUUAUAGAAGAAUAUUCAUUUAUUAAAUUACAUUGUCAUCCCAGUAAUGAGUUUAUAGUGAUG